AUGGGACCCCUAGAGGGCGCCAGUUGUCAACAGCUCAGCCCCCAGGAAAGGAAGAGCUUGGAGGAGUGCAUGGGAGGCAACAGGGGCAUCGGGCACCUGCUCCGCAAAGAUGAGCUGCUGAGGGCCUCUCUGUCGCUGUCCCACGCCCAUGCGGUGCUCCUCACCACCGGGUUCCCCACGCAUUUCAACCACGAGCCUCCGGAAGAGACGGACGGGCCACCGGGCGCCAUUGCUCUGGCCGCCUUCCUGCAGGCCUUGGACAAGGGCGUCUCCAUGAUCGUGGACCGGAGAGCCUUGAGUUUGUUCCAGAAGCUUGUCGAAGAGGCUGUUGAGCAAGGUGUUCUGAAGACCCCGAUCCCGAUCCUAACUUACCAGGGCGGAUCCGCAGGAGCUGCUCAGGCGUUUCUCUGCGACGAGAGGGACCCCCAGUCUCCUAGAUUCGACCACCUGGUGGCGAUAGAGCGCGCAGGCAGGGCUGCGGACGGCAACUACUACAACGCCAGGAAAAUGAACAUCAAGCAUUUGGUGGACCCCAUUGACGACCUUUUCCUUGUAGCCCAGAAAAUUCCUGGAAUCUCGUCAACGGGAGCCUUGCUGGGCUGGGCUGAUGUCGUCCAGGAGUGUAUGAGUGGCGUCCCGAAGAAGACACUCAAGAGGUUGGUCCAUGACGUCAAAGGACUUGCCAAGAAUGAGGAGGUUGCAAAAGUCACCAAGGCUGUGGCUGAGACGGCAAACCCCUGUACCUGGCUUCAGGUGCAGAUGGCAUUGAGCAGCUCCUAG